UUAUCUUACAUUGAACACAGCAGGGGUGUAUGUGGGAACAAGUCAGAGGUGCAUUGUAGCAGAAAUGGAGGUAAUUCGCAGGCGAUCCUGAAACAAAAAAAAACAACACAAAUCAAAUGCAACCCUUUUCGUACCUCUGGGAUUACUGCUGUGUAAUUCUACACCAAAUGCGUCCUGGUUAAUGUCUCCUGUUUUACACUAAUUCAUUCCUGCCGAGGAUUCCCACAGCUCGAUGUUUUACAUACACCCAUAUUCCUAACGCCAAGGCGCCACGGCUCUGCGUUUAUUAUUUUAUUUUAUUUUUGUGAAUUGUACAAUCGUUUGGAAUUAUUCUGUGCUUUUUUAUUUUUACGUAAUAAUAUCAUAAGAAGAAUGUCCGGGAAACACCACCAUUACAAAGGACCCGAAGUGAGCUGCUGUGUGAAAUAUUUCCUUUUUGGCUUCAACAUUAUUUUUUGGUUGCUGGGUGCUUCGUUCUUGGCUAUCGGUCUCUGGGCCUGGGCUGAAAAGGGAGUGCUGUCGAACAUCUCUUCGAUCACGGACCUGGGCGGCUUCGAUCCCGUCUGGUUGUUUAUGGUGGUCGGGGCUGUGAUGUUCAUCCUAGGCUUCGCUGGCUGUAUCGGAGCGCUCCGAGAAAACACACACCUCCUCAAAUUUUUCUCUGUGUUUUUAGGGCUGAUCUUUUUCCUGGAGCUCACGGCAGGGAUCUUGGCCUUUGUGUUCAAAGACUGGAUCAAAGAUCAGCUCAAUUUCUUCAUCAAUAACAAUGUCAAGGCGUAUCGGGACGACAUCGAUCUGCAGAACCUUAUAGACUUCGCCCAAGAAUAUUGGUCAUGCUGUGGAGCACAUGGUCCGAAUGACUGGAACCUGAAUAUCUACUUUAACUGCACGGACAUAAACCCGAGCCGAGAGCGAUGCGGAGUCCCCUUCUCCUGCUGCGUCAAGGACCCUGCGGAGGAUGUACUUAAUACACAAUGUGGCUAUGACGUGAGGCUCAAAAUGGAACUGGACCAGCAAAGCUUCAUUUACACCAAGGGAUGUGUAGGACAAUUUGAAAAAUGGCUCCAGGAUAAUUUAAUAGUUGUAGCUGGUAUUUUUGUUGGAGUUGCACUACUACAGAUAUUUGGAAUCUGUCUGGCACAGAACCUUGUUAGUGAUAUCAAAGCGGUGAAGGCAAACUGGUGACGCCAGGUUCAGGAGACUGCAGAGACGAGAACCAGUCUCCCCAAGGCGUUUGCGAGCUGAACUAGAGCAUGGAGACCGGGUUGCAGCAGGGGGACCUUGCCAAGGUGGACACAUGUGGAUCAUUUCAUUAGAUGACUCGAGACGUAUUUGAUUUCUCUUUUUUUUUUUUUUUUUUUUUUUU